AUAAGAGUGAUGUUAUAAAACAUAUUCCUAUUUUAACUCCACAACGAUUGUUGGCAAUAUAUAUAUAAAUGCGCGCAAGGCGUUCAUACCAUCUGGAUUUCUCUCUCUUAGUUUUGUGAAUUUGGGUUUCUCUCUCUUAGUUUUGUUCAUUUGGGUGUCUCUCUCCUAAUUGUUUUCCUCUCUUAUUUCCAUUGAUUGAUUUGUUCUGUGUAAGAAGAUGAGAUUUGGAGGGGCCUUUCUCUCUCUUCUUGUGCUUGUCUUUUUGAUUCAGAGCUGCUACUCUGCAACUGCUGAUUCCAUCGGAUUGAAGAGGGCGAGUUUCCCCACUGGUUUUGUUUUUGGGACUGCUUCUUCAGCUUACCAGUAUGAAGGAGCUGUGAAAGUGGAUGGAAGAGGACCAACGGUUUGGGAUACUUUUGCUCAUUCUUUUGGUAAGGUGCUGGAUUUCAGUAACGGCGAUGUCGCAGUGGAUCAAUACCACAGAUUUAAUGAAGACAUCCAAUUAAUGGUGGACAUGGGAANNNUAGUGUUCAGGUCCAAUAUUUGGACCCGGACCCAACCCACAGGAAUUUCUCUCUCUCUUAAUUUCAACAUUGCAAUCACCUCUAACAUUAGUAAAGAAAAUUUUGCAGGCAUUGAACCCUAUGUCACCUUGUAUCAUUGGGACCUCCCUCAAGCCCUCGAAGACAAAUACAUUGGAUGGCUCAACUCAACAAUCAUAGCGGAUUUCGCAAAUUAUGCCGAAACAUGCUUUCAAUUUUUCGGCGAUAGGGUGAAGCACUGGAUCACUUUCAAUGAACCACACACCUUUGCCAUUCAGGGCUAUGAUGUAGGUCUACAAGCUCCAGGAAGAUGCUCUGUUCUCCUUCACCUCUUUUGUAGAUCCGGAAAUUCGGCCACAGAACCCUACAUUGUUGGGCAUAAUGUUCUUCUCUCACAUGCUGCAGUUGUUGACAUAUAUAGAACAAAAUACAAGGCAAAGCAACAAGGGUCUAUUGGAAUCUCAUUUGAUGUGAUGUGGUAUGAACCAAUGUCUAAUUCCGCAGUGGACAUCGCGGCAACUCAAAGAGCUCAAGAUUUCCAAUUCGGAUGGUUCAUGGACCCUUUGUUUUUCGGGGACUAUCCGAGCUCAAUGAAAACCCGGGUUGGAAGCCGUUUGCCACAAUUCAGCAAAGCCCAAUCUGCUCUGAUUAAGGGCUCCUUAGACUUUGUGGGCAUCAAUCACUACACAACUUAUUAUGCCCAGAAAAGCACCUCUAACAUUAUUGGUGACCUUCUCAAUGAUUCCCUAUCAGACUCUGGGGCUCUCACCUUACCUUUUAGAAAUGGUAAACCCAUUGGAGACAAGGCAUCAUCCAUAUGGUUGUAUAUCGUGCCUCAUGGAAUUAGAAGCUUAAUGAAUUAUAUAAAGCAAAAGUAUGGGAAUCCAGUGGUCAUUAUCACAGAAAAUGGGAUGGAUGAUCCAAACAACUCCCUAAUUCCCAUCAAGGACGCGUUGAAGGAUGAGAAGAGGAUCAAAUACCAUAAUGACUACCUCACAAAUUUGUUGGCUUCCAUAAGGGAGGAUGGAUGCAACGUGAAGGGAUAUUUUGUGUGGUCUCUCUUGGACAAUUGGGAAUGGGCGGCUGGAUUUACUUCGAGAUUCGGCCUCUACUUCAUAGAUUAUAAUGACAAGCUCAAGCGAUAUCCAAAGGACUCUGUCCAAUGGUUCAAAAACCUUUUUAAAAUGAGAAUGCAAUUAUGUUUAUCUAGAAAAAGUAUAUAAUAAAACCGUUUAUUUUUGGUACAAAAAGGUUAUAAUCGCCUCUAACACUCAUAUAUGAAAUCAAGCAACUUAGGGUAUACUAUUGACUCGUGCUCAAAUCCGAGGAAAUAUUACUUAAA